AUGGGGGACAGAUUGACCCAGCUUCAGGAUGCUGUCGACCAGCUGGCGCAACAAUUCGUCGCAUGCAUCCAUUUCCUCCAUCGGUACCAUGAUCGCGAAAUCCUGGGCCCCAAGGACCAGGUCAGAGAGGUGAAGCCAGAAGAGGAUCGCAAGGAGAUUGCACCGAUCCCCCCAGAAGAGUUCAAAGCAGGCCAGGUCGAGCUCGCGCGCGACCUGGUGCUGAAGGAACAACAGAUCGAGUUCAUCAUAUCCUCGCUCCCGGGGCUCGAGAACAACGCGGAAGCUCAGGAGCGGUGCAUCAAGGAGCUGGAGGAGGAACUCCGUGUCGCAGAUGCACAGCGGCAGGAUGCGAUUCGCGAGAUGAACGAGGUUCAGGGACAGUUGGAUCAGGUCAUUCGAGGGCAUGGCGUAGUUGGCGUUGAGGAUCACGGAUACCCGCAAGGAAGAGGGCCGUUCGAGAAGAUCGAGUCAUCCUCAUGA